GUUUUCAGCAAGCGUGACAAACCACGUUGAGCCAAGUUCAAGAAAAGACGAACUGAGACUCAUGCUAAUUCACGAAUUAUCUCUAAAGGCUUAGGUAAUGCCAAAUGAAUAAUUCAGAGGGCGGAAGGAGAUCAAAUGUAGUGAUCACCAUUUCAUGCGUCUAGUUACCACACGAAGUCAGUUCUGACUUCAUAAUUAGUUACCAGGUUAAUUAUACUUCGUGUUUGAAAACCUGCACCACAAAGUCGUUAUUUCGAAGCUCUUCUUGUCCUAUCAAAAAACGAUAUCAACUAAUUAAUUGCUGCUAAUUCGUGGAGUUUUUCACGUGAUGCAUGCAUCGUUUUAAAUAGGGAGAACAGAAAAACAACGAUCAUUUAAGGUCGAGCUUUUCUGAAAAACGAUAAACACUAUAAAAUAUCCUUCGAAGCUUGGAGCUACAUGUGUAGGUACUUGCCAUACCAGAAACUGUAUCUUCAACCGUGAAAUAGAAAGUUGGACGGCGUGUUUCACCCUUCUGAAGGAGUACAUCUUCAUUUCGUCAGUAGAAGUGAAAAAGGAAUGGCCUGUCGGCGUGAGAACCAACAGACGCGUGAGGUGGGGAUUCGAACCACAAGUCUCUCACUUUAAGCUCUGCCGAUGGACAUGAAUAAAACUACAGUCCUUGAUGACAUCAUCCAAUACCCUCGAGAUGCAACAAUAUUUGCUGCUGCUUGCUGUAUCAUAUUUAUCGUUAUUGGGUUUCUAGGCAACUUUAUAACAAUCCUCGCCCUCUGUCGGUGCACGAUGCUUCGAAACGCCACCACAGCAUUUGUGAUCAGUCUUUGUACAUCAGACUUCCUAUUCUGCACCAUCAACCUACCCUUAACUGCAUCAAGAUACAUCCACCAGGCUUGGUUGCUAGGAGACACAGCGUGUUCCUUAUUUCCAUUUUUCUUCUAUGGAAAUGUUGGCGCCUCCUUGAUGUCCAUGACUUUGAUUACAGUAAACAGAUUCGUCAUAUUUAACUACCACCACCUGUACGGUAAAAUAUACAAGAAGCGUUUCGUAGUUUUGAUGAUCAUCUUCUGUUGGGUGUUCAGCUUUGCGCUGUUGGUGCCUACCUUAACAAGGGCCUGGGGAGAAUUCGGACUAGACAAGGCGACAUUUUCUUGUACCAUCCUGAUGCGGAACGGUCGGUCUCCCAAGAAGUUUUUAUUCGUUGUCGGUUUUUUGAUACCCUGCGUCGUGAUCGUCUUAUCUCACGCCUCCAUUAUUUGGAAGGUACGAAACAGUAGGCGGAAUGUUGUGGCCCACACCCAGGUCAACCUAAGAACGCCAGAUCCGCUCGCUAAACAAACGACUCAACGAAAAGACGAAUCCCGUCUCAACCGCAUGAUCAUAAUUAUUUUCUGUUCUUUUAUUCUUUGUUUCCUUCCGCUGAUGAUCGUCAAUGUUUUCGACAGCAAAUUCAGGUUUCCCACCAUUCACGUCGUGGCUUCUGUUUUAGCGUGGAUGUCAUCAUGUAUUAAUCCAUUCAUCUAUGUAGGCCUCAACCGCCAUUACCGUCAGGCAUACUACCGACUUUUAUGUUCAAAGCCUCGUAACCAGAGAACUUCAAUUGUAUCAUGUUUUAACCGUUCGACUUCCGAAGGAGAAUUCAAGACUGUUGUGUCCGAAGUGUUUGUUUUCUCAGACCAAAACAACACCACAAAUCCAGAAAGGGAGAAAGAAGAGAACGUUGUUUAAUUAUCUAAUUAUUCAAACAUGUAUUAUCUAUAUUUGUAGGCCUUUAUCGAAGUUUAUAAACUAUGUUUUUAACCCUG